CUUCCCGCCGCCCGCAGAUAACCUUAGAGACUAUUUUAGCAAAUUUGGAGACAUUAGAGAAUGUAUGGUGAUGAGAGACCCAACUACAAAACGUUCCAGAGGCUUUGGUUUUGUUACAUUUGCAGAUCCGGCAAGUGUAGAUAAAGUAUUAGCUCAACCCCAUCAUGAAUUAGAUUCCAAGACGAUUGAUCCUAAAGUCGCAUUUCCCCGACGAGCUCAACCUAAGAUGGUCACAAGAACAAAGAAAAUAUUUGUAGGUGGACUAUCUGCUAAUACGGUAGUGGAAGAUGUAAAGCAAUACUUUGAGCAGUUUGGCAAGGUAGAGGAUGCCAUGCUUAUGUUUGACAAGACCACCAACAGACACAGAGGAUUUGGCUUUGUAACUUUUGAAAAUGAAGAUGUGGUCGAAAAAGUCUGUGAAAUCCAUUUUCAUGAAAUCAAUAACAAAAUGGUGGAAUGUAAGAAAGCACAACCUAAAGAAGUGAUGUUUCCACCAGGGACGAGAGGAAGGGCUCGAGGAUUACCAUAUACCAUGGAUGCUUUUAUGCUAGGGAUGGGAAUGUUGGGUUACCCAAAUUUUGUUGCGACCUAUGGCCGAGGAUACCCUGGAUUUGCCCCCAGUUACAGUUAUCAGUUCCCAGGUUUCCCAGCAGCAGCCUAUGGACCAGUAGCGGCGGCAGCAGUGGCGGCAGCGAGAGGAUCAGGGAUCCCCGAUUAUGGUUUCUAUUCUCCGCCCGGUGACCAACGGGCUCCGUUAUCGUACGCGGACUAUGGUUCCAUGGGGCCUCGGGUGGCUCAGAUGCUUCGUAGCGAGCACCCUGCUUCAGCGAGUAACUCCCCCCUCCACCACCUUCCCAGCCCGGAUCAAUUUAAGAGCCCAGUCUUGAAUAGCUACAGUGCUCAACCGAAUUUUGGCGCACCCGCUUCCCCGGCAGGCUCCAACCCAGCCCGGCCAGGAGGAUUUCCAGGGGCAAACAGCCCGGGGCCAGUCGCAGAUCUCUACGGCACAGCCAGUCAAGACUCCGGUGUUGGUAACUACAUAAGUGCUGCCAGUCCCCAGCCUGGCUCUGGCUUUGGGCAUGGAAUUGCCAGUAUAUCUGGAUGUCCAGGCAAGACAGGGAGAAGUUUCUGAAUGGUCCCAAGUUUAGGUGAUACAUCAUCAGACUUUGAACAUUACAUCAUCACCAAAUAACCAACACAAACUGGAGGUGGCACUCAGCGGACUUGGUUGUCCAAAAUCUCUAUCAUCUCAUGAACCUGCUGUACUAUAUAGAACAACAGCUUUUUAAAAA